AUGUCUGUGUCCAGCAGCCCCGCUCGGGCUUUCUAUCCUGGUCCUCUCCCUCCUCCCUACGUGGACUAUUUCUCGCGGGCGCACGGUCUCCUCCACCCGCUCAAGUCUCUCGGCCGCUUGGUGUCGGACACGCACGCGCCCAUGCCGUUGAGCCUUCCGGGAGGCGCGCCACCGUUCCUCAGCCAGGGUUCGCUCCUCCACGAAAACGCGCUGUGUGCCUCGGGUGUCUCCUGCCUGGGUCACGCGGUGCCCGGACACCCGGAGCUGGCCGCCGUGGUGACGGAGCACGCCGCCGGUCCCCGUCUUUCGGACUUCAGCAGCCCGGCCAGCGGGAGGGUCCUCCUCACCUGCGCAUCCUCCUCCGGCUCUCCGCCGAAGGAGCCACGGUUUCGUCUCCGGCGGACGGACACGUCGCCAGAAAAGGCACGAAAAAUCGUACAACUUCAGGAGGACGACUUUUUCUUGGUGCUGUACGGUUACUCCAGCAGCCGGGAGCGCAGCGUGGGUCACGCAAUAUCAGGAGUGACCCGGCCCGAAUCCUCAGUUUCUGACAGUCCGCUUCUCCCGCUGGACAAAGUCCUUGAACUUCCAGAAGGGUUAACCGUCCUCCACGCCGCGUGGGAAGUGUCCUCCCACUGUGUGUUCACGGACAACGCCAGCGUGCCCAAAGGCGCGCGCUUCGGGCCUUUCCAGGGAAAACUGGUCAACACGAGCGAGAUCAAAACCUAUGACGACAACACUCUGAUGUGGGAGGUGUUCGAGAACGGCCAACUCAGCCACUUCGUGGACGGCAGAGGAGGAGCCGGAAACUGGAUGUCUCUGGUGAAGUGCGCGCGCUUCCCGGAGGAACAGAACCUGAUUGCGGUGCAGGUCCAAGGUCAGAUCUUCUACGAGGCCUGUAAGGAGAUCAGGCCCGGCCAAGAGCUGCUGGUGUGGUACGGAGACUGUUACAUGCAGUUCCUGGGGAUUCCGCUGACCCUAUGGGACCCCACGGAGAACAGCAACGUGGCCCCUCCCACCGAAGAUGCUGGUGAGGGCUUCAAGUGUGACAGGUGCGGCAAAGUGUUCGCCUACAAAUACUACAGAGACAAACACCUGAAGUACACGCGCUGCGUGGACCAAGGCGACCGGAAGUUUCCUUGUCACCUUUGCAGCAGGUCCUUCGAGAAGAGAGACAGACUGCGCAUCCACAUCCUGCACGUGCACGAGAAGCAUAGGCCGCACAAGUGCUCAGUGUGCGGGAAGAGUUUUUCCCAGUCUUCCAGCCUCAACAAACACAUGCGCGUGCACUCCGGAGAACGGCCUUACAAAUGUGUUUACUGCAAUAAGGCCUUCACCGCUUCCAGCAUUUUGCGCACACACAUCCGCCAGCACUCCGGCGAGCGGCCCUUCAAAUGCAAACACUGCGGCAAAGCCUUCGCCUCUCACGCGGCCCACGACAGCCACGUGCGGCGCACUCACGCCAAGGCGCACGCGUGCGCUCUGUGCCGAGCGUCUUUUCCGGAGGAGCAGGAGCUCCAACACCACAUGAAAAGUCACAAAAAGAGACAGCUGUUGGACAGCUCACUUCUUCUGUCUUCUCCAGAGGAUUCAGCAUUUACAUUGAAGGACAAUCCCAAAACACAGGCAAACACAGCUCAAAACUUUUGUUAUGCAGGUUUGAUUUUAAAUCCAGAAUAUCGACCGUGGAACUAA